ACUUACGUUUAUGCAUGCGCAAUAAUACAUAAACAAAUAAAGAUGUGACCACAUAUAUUUCGCUUUACAGUUUUACCCGAGUUAUGGAGCUCUGCAAUUUUUGGUAUAAAAAAAAGCUCUCUCCCUCUCCACUUACCGCCUCAAACCCUUGACAGGAGUUUGAAAUUUCCGGGCUCAUACUGGGGCCUGCGAUUGGCCCAGUAGGAGCUUACCUACAUGCAAAUUAGGCAACGCAACUUUGUUGCCUCGGAUCCAGAGCGCAAGGAGGAGGACCGGGAAUACACUCAUGUUCCCCGAGCUCUAGAAAAAACACCUCCAACUCCUCCAGUGGUAAAACGCCACAAUUAAACCGACUGGGGGGUUUAAAGAAGAAGAAGAAGAAGAGGAAAAAAAGCGGACAAAAGAAGCUUUGGCAUUUUUUUACGCGCCAGUCGGGUAGAAAGCAAUCACGGAAUCCAACGGGACAAACCGAUUCAGUCAAUACUUCGAUACUGUUAUGAAGCGAGAAUGAGUAGCGCAGACGACAGCGGGAGCAAGUGCUCGUCGGGCCCCGUUUCCAGCUUUACCAUCCAGUCCAUUUUGGGCACGCCGUCCGAUGAGCCGCGCUCCGGAGCCAAGGAGCUGUCCAAGGGCGCGUCGCCGCCACGGAAGCGCUCGCUGUCGGUGUCCUCCGAAGAGGAGUGCAGCGGAGGGGAGGACUCAGCGGACUGCUUCUGCUCCGACACGGGUCAAAGCGAGCCGUGCGCGCAGCACCAAGCCCACAACUUUUCGUGUUUAGGUGCCGCCAAAGGUCUUCUGUCCGGGAAUGAGGCUUUCGCGCGGCGGCCGCACCUGUCCCAGCCUCUGCUGCAGGAUUACAAGAAGGAGCAGGACAGACCGUGCCAUCAGAUGUCGCCUCUGUCGGAGGAGCGACAGGCGGACGCCGCGGACAAGCACGGCAACUCGGCCAAGAAGAAGACGCGCACGGUUUUCUCCCGGAGCCAGGUGUACCAGCUGGAGUCCACCUUCGACAUGAAGCGCUACCUGAGCAGCUCGGAGCGGGCCUGCUUGGCGUCCAGCCUGCAGCUGACGGAGACCCAGGUCAAGACCUGGUUUCAGAACAGGAGGAACAAGUGGAAAAGGCAGCUCUCCGCCGAGCUGGAGGCGGCCAACAUGGCCCACGCCUCCGCACAGACACUAGUGGGGAUGCCGCUGGUUUUCAGAGAUAACAACCUCCUGCGCGUCCCCGUCCCCCGGUCCAUCGCCUUCCCGACGCCCCUGUAUUACCCGGGGAGCAACCUGCCAGCGUUACCUUUAUACAACCUGUACAACAAGAUAGAGUACUGAUAGACUGUUCUCUAUGUUUACCACUGCAGUCCACGUGAAAAGACCAGUUUCAAACAAUACAUUUACAUAAGUGUCUCCAUAGCCCCAUGUAUAUUAACUGUAUCACUUUAUUUGUUGGGAAAAAAAAGAAAUCUGUAAGUAACAAGAGAAAGCAAUCAAGCUUCCCCGUACAUAUGAAAUACACCAUGUGUAUUACUAUUAAUAACAACAGAUUUGUACCUUUUUUAUUUUUAUUAUCUCUUGCUGUUAAAAUAUUGGAUUUAAGACUUCCAACCACACCUGGAUGAAUCCAUUUGAAAGGAGCUGCUUUUACACUUUUAUUUAUAACGGAUCAUUUUAUUUCACCAAAGGACAAAAAAAAAAGACAAUUCUUCCAUAUGAGGAAAUAUAUCAUUGUUUUUUUUAUUGUAAUUUAGACCCUCAGUUAUAACCGCACUCAAUAAAUUUUUCUAUUUCAGUGAAAA